AUGGCUGGUGGCAGUGACGCUCCUGAAAUGCCUGUUUUCAAAAAUGAACUAGCUGCUCAGGUACCGCAGGUGCCAGUAAUGCUCCAUGGUAGGUCAAAAUAUGGAUCUCUCGUUGCGAUCCUCCUUGAGUCUUGGAUGUUUCGUUUUCCAACCUGGGAUGAUGUAGUGCAUGAUUUACCGCAGCUCUAUCAAAGACCGUCAGCAUCCGCACUCCUUCAUGUUUUAGAUCUGCUUUCGGCAGGAGCGCCGAGCUUUUCACUUUCGGGGAACGCCAGCCGUCCCAAAGUAGCGGAACAGGGCGUUCCAAGAUAUCUCACAUCCAUUGUCUCGUCGAGCCUAGGUUGGAUUGAGGACGAAAGCCUCAGAGAUUCGAUAUGGAGCGCUGCAAGUGCGCGGCUAAGUGAACGUUCGGGAAGAAAUGCAAUGCCAUCAAUGACGCGGUCAUUCGAGAUUGUUGAUGGCCUCACAGUUAAUUUGCACGAGCCUAGCUUGACGGAAGACAAUCUUGGGCUCAAAACCUGGACCUCCUCGGUCUUGCUGUCGCGUCGACUCCGACAAUGCCGUAAAUACAUUCCCGAAGAAGUCACACAGGUGUUGGAGCUAGGUGCAGGGACUGGUCUUGUGGGAAUCUCGGCUGCUUGCAUAUGGAAAACACACGUUGUUCUGACUGAUCUGCCUGAGAUCCUACCUAAUCUUCGACGAAAUCUUGAUCAGAACCGGGACUUGAUCACAGUGAGCGGCGGAAGCACUGAGUCCCGGGCACUUGACUGGGCUGAUGGGAUGGAAACGCCGCAACGCAACGAAGAUAAAUUUAUGGUCAUUGUUGCGGCUGAUCCGAUCUAUUCAGUUGAACACCCAAAGCUGCUUGUGAAUACUGUCAGCCGCUGGAUUCGUGGCUUACCAGAGGCUAGGUUUAUCGUUGAACUUCCGCUACGGGACGGCUACGACGAGGAAAGACAAAAUUUGCGGGAUUUGUUGCAACAGCACAGGUUCGAGUUGAUUGUUGAAGGGACAGAUCUUGGAUUUGAUGAUUGGUACCAGCGAGAUGGUAGCCCAUUGGAGGUCAUCUGUUGGUGGAGCAUAUGGGGACCCAACAGUCAAGUCUGA